AUGUCUGCCGCUGUUACUGCACCUACAUCUGCUCCUGGUGUUCCUAACAUGACUACUACGGGUGCUCCAAUUUCUGUGGACCAGCAACAAAUUGCUCAAAAUGUGCAAUUUGGCCUGGAUCCCUCCGUCACUGAAGCAAUGUUAUUUGAAUUGUUUAAUCCUGUUGGUCCUGUGGCAAGCAUUAGAGUUUGUAGAGAUGCUGUUACUCGUCGUUCUCUUGGCUAUGCCUAUGUCAAUUUUCAUAGUACUGCUGAUGGUGAACGUGCUUUAGAAACUCUCAACUACACUCUUAUUAAAAAUAAACCUUGUCGUAUCAUGUGGUCUCAACGUGACCCUGCACUUCGUAAAACUGGUACUGGAAACAUCUUCAUCAAGAACCUUGAUAAAGCAAUCGACAACAAAGCACUCCACGACACAUUUACUGCAUUUGGUAAUAUCCUUAGUUGUAAAGUAGCUAUGGAAGAAGGCUCCUCUAAAGGUUAUGGUUUUGUCCACUAUGAAACUGCAGAAGCUGCUGAUAAUGCCAUUAAACAUGUUAAUGGAAUGUUGCUAAACGAUAAGAAAGUUUAUGUUGGUCAUCAUAUUCCAAAGAAAGAACGUCAAUCAAAACUUGAGGAAAUCAAAGCCAAAUUUACCAACAUUUAUGUAAAGAAUCUUGAUACUGCAAUCACUAAUGAAGAAUUUGAAAAUAUGUUCACCAAAUACGGUAACAUUACUUCUGCUGUUAUAGUUACUGAUGACCAGGGCAAAUCAAAAGGAUUUGGAUUUGUUAAUUUUGAAACUCAUGAUGAAGCUCAUAGAGCUGUUGCUGAACUACAUGAUAGUGAAAUUAAUGGUAAAAAAUUGUUCGUUGCUCGUGCUCAAAAGAAGCAUGAACGCGAAGAGGAAUUGAGAAGACAGUACGAACAAGCAAAAUUGGAAAAACUCAACAAAUAUCAAGGUGUCAAUUUGUAUAUCAAAAAUCUUGAAGACGAUAUUGAUGAUGAAAAAUUGCGUCAAGAGUUUUCUGUUUAUGGUGUGAUCACUAGUGCAAAGGUUAUGAGAGAUGAACGUAACCAAUCAAAAGGUUUCGGUUUUGUAUGCUUCUCUUCUCCUGACGAAGCAACCAAGGCUGUAGCUGAAAUGAAUGGUAGAAUGAUCGGCAGUAAACCAAUAUAUGUAGCAUUGGCUCAACGUAAAGAUGUUAGAAAAUCCCAAUUAGAAGCUCAAAUUAAUCAGCGUAAUCAAAUUCGUUUACAACAGCAAGCAGCUGUUGGAAUAGGAACUGCAAAUGCUUAUAGUAUGCCAGUUGGUUAUGCACAUCCAGGUUCAUAUGGUAGAAUUAGCGGCAGACCCACUCAUUUUUAUAGUGGUGUUGGAAUGAUUAACGCUGUAUCAACCACCGCUCCUAGUAUUAGAUCCAAUAAUUAUGGACAAAUUGUUAAUCGUUCUAAUGGUCGUCCACAAAACCCACCUCCACAAAAUACUAAUCGUGGCAACCCUAAUGCAAGCCGUGGUUCCAGAAACCAAUACCAACCCGCUAAACAACAACAACAUAAUCAAUUCACCCAAAACAACCGUGUUAAUAAUGGUCAAAAUCCUCCAAAUAACUCUCGUUCGGUAGCAAACAACUCUGCUACCACUUCUCAAAAUUCUGGUAGUAAUGCUGCCAAUACUGUGUUCGACACUCGUAAAUUUGUUGGUGUGCCUCCUGAAGCUCAAAAACAAUUAUUAGGAGAACAAUUGUUCCCAAAAAUUUCUGCGCGUCAACCAGAAAUGGCCGGUAAAAUUACUGGUAUGUUGCUUGAGAUGGACAAUAGUGAAUUGUUGCACUUAUUGGAAAGCAAUAUUGCUCUUGAUGCCAAAGUAGAAGAAGCUGUUGCAGUCUUGAGACAGCAUGCAAUGGCUACCGGACAAAACUUUCCUGAUGGAGAGUAA